GAGACGCAAAAGAAAUAACGAUGAUAUUUAUUUGGAUGAACGUGGACUGGAAGCUGUCUUUGUUGCUGCUUGCGACAAUGAGGCAAAUUCAGUGCAGCGACGACGAGCAAUCUCGAGAGAAGAGACAAGCGUUGUAUCCUCCACCUCUUGUUUAUCCUUUUGGUGGCACUUUCAAGCUAGUCGUGGGCAUGGCGGUGCCGGUGCAGCUCUCAGGCCAGAUUUUGGUUUACGGCCAAAACUUUCAGUUCCAAUAUAUGUUACCAGACAACGCUACCUUCUUCACUAACUUCUUCCAUACCUCGCCACAAAGACGACGUCGAACAGCAAGCUGGAACGAAAGGGCUUUCGUAUACGACAUUUUACAACACGAAUUAAACAUGCGACACAUCGAUGGGAGAGCUUGCUUAAAGAAGAAUAUUUGCGAAGCUGCUUCAACGUCGUUGAAAGACGAGGGAUUGAUUGGCGAAUUAUUGCAUUUAUUGUUAACACCAGAUCAUGGAAACGCUUCGAUGAUGGACGAUGACUAUUUAGAAGCAGCCAUGGCUGGAAGAAGACAGGAGAAUUGCUCGAUGAUUUACUCCACAUGUCCUGCUGGUCAAGGAAUUCUAGACAGAAUAUCUUCAAUUUAUUAACUAACAAUAAGAUUUAUAUUAUCUGUUAUUUAUCUAUUGAAUUAAUUACUAUCAAUUCUUACGAAAAAUUGUAAACAAAUUUGCUUAGCAUAUCGUAGUUACGUGAGAAAUAACAUGUUAUAAUGUUACAAUGCAUAUACUAGGACAUACUCACAUUUAAACAUGCAUAUAAAAACACAAAGGAUAGCCAGCAAUUCUACUAUCGAGAUCCUACAACGAUUCCUGUCGAAAUCAUUAAAAGUCAUCCCUAAUGCUUCGUAGUAUAUAAUCGACGAAAUAAUUCAAAAUUUGAAGAUAUCUACCUCCGGUCUCUGUCUCGGCAUUUACAAAAGAAAUUUCAAAGUUGCACAAUCGUCAUACGUCACGCUUAAGGGAUCAUUUCAAUCUCUUAGUUAUUCGUUGCCAACUGUUAUAGAUAGUGCAACAUGUCCGUAGACCCAGAAGAUAUUUACUGCCAAUUCAAACUACGCAAUAGAGAAGAUGAAGAUUCAAUCAGAUCAGUGUUUUCAUACUUAUCAAUAAGGUACAUUGCGUUUUGUUUUUGGACAUAGCCAUUCGUUACACAUUUUACUGCCUCCGCCUUUUUUCUGGGUCCAAUUACACCCCUUGUGCACACGUUACGUCAUUUGUCUUUUAUUUGCAGUAGAACACAUACACGUAAUACGUUACAUCGACGUGGUGGUUCGCAUUACGGACGAAAUAAACGAGUUGUCAUGUGUAUAACUUUUAUCGCUAAUUUCCUGUUAAUUAAAAGACGCUGCGUGUGAAAUAAUUUCAACUGGGAGCAGAGGCCCGUUUAUCAAACACGACACUCUUUGAUCUCCCUCGAUAUACACUUUCCCAUUCCGUUCUCCUUUUAAUCUUUCAUUUUCCUGUGUUCUUCAUUCCCUGGAUUUCCCUCGUAUUAAAGGAAAGAUUAAUCAGUGCGAGCGAGGGAAAAAUGGAGAAAAAGGAACAGAGGGAAACACGAAUCUGUAUUUUAUACAGCUGCGAGAUUAGGUUCAUAAAUACAUUUGUAAGACGAGCAAGCGAGAUAGGUGCAAAAUAAUUUAUCAUUAAUCUCCAGUUUUACUGUUGUUUCGGAUAUACAAUGAUAUCCUGUCGAGCAGAGAUCAACGCGAUUUCAAUGUUAGUUGUUUUAGGGGUCAAACGCAGUUACUUUAAUCUACGAUAGCUAAUUUAAUAGUUUCGUUAGACUAUCUGACCUCUGAUAUUGUAACUAAUUAUAUUUUUACUACUCUUCUU